AUGGGGAUGGUGCCCAACGGGCUCCUGCCCAGUGCGUCCGCCGGGGUGACGCGGCGGCUCGACCCCGAGCGCUGGGCGGUCGCGGAGGACCGCACGGCGGAGUUGAUCGCGCGCAUCCAGCCCAACGCGUACUCCGAGGGGCGGAGGCUGGCCGUGUACCACUACGUGCAGCGGCUCAUCAUGAACUGCCUCUCCUGCCAGGUUUUUACCUUUGGGUCGGUCCCUCUCAAGACUUACUUACCCGAUGGUGACAUUGAUGUCACUGCUUUUAGUAAUAGUGAAGAAUUAAAGGAGAUUUGGGCAAAUCUUGUCCGGGAUGCAUUGGAGCGUGAAGAGAAGAAUGAAAAUGCUGAAUUUCAUGUAAAAGAAGUCCAGUAUAUUCAGGCAGAGGUCAAGAUUAUAAAGUGUCUUGUGGAAAACAUUGUUGUUGACAUCUCAUUUAAUCAAGUCGGUGGACUAUGCACACUAUGUUUUCUUGAAGAGAUUGACAACUUGAUCAGCCGAAACCAUUUAUUCAAGAGGAGUAUCAUAUUGAUAAAGGCAUGGUGUUUCUAUGAGAGUCGUAUUCUCGGAGCUCACCAUGGCCUUAUAUCUACUUACGCAUUGGAGACACUUGUUCUGUACAUAUUUCAUAUAUUCAACAACUCUUUCACCGGACCUCUUGAGGUGCUGUACCGCUUCUUAGAAUUUUUCAGCAACUUUGAUUGGGAGAAAUUUUGUUUGAGCUUGUGGGGCCCAGUUCCUAUUAGUUCACUUCCAGAUAUGACUGUGGAACCCCCACGGAUGGACAGUGGUGAAUUGUUGCUGAACAAGUCCUUCCUGGAUACUUGUAGUUCUGCAUAUGGAGUUGUGCCUCGCACCCAGGAGAACCAGGGUCAACCAUUUGUUUCAAAACAUUUUAAUGUUAUUGAUCCUUUACGUGCAAACAACAAUCUUGGAAGAAGUGUCAGUAAAGGAAAUUUCUUUAGAAUACGUAGUGCUUUUGCGUACGGGGCGAAAAGGCUUGGAAAGUUACUUGAAUGUCCAAAAGAAGAUUUAAUUGCUGAGUUAAACCAGUUCUUCACAAAUACAUGGAUAAGACAUGGGAGUGGCAGUCGUCCUGAUGUGCCUACCCCAAGUCUAGUUGAUGUGCGGCCUCUGGAGGUUGUUCCUUCUGUAGUGUCAGGCAGCCAAAGAAGUGUAACAGCAUUCAAGAAAAAGGUUGAAAAUCCUAAGCUUCAUGCUAAUCAGGAUAAUCUUCGUCCGAAUCAAGAUAAUCUCACUGAAGUUGGUCACAUUUAUACUGACCCUUCUCAACCAAUUCACAAAAGUGACAUACAUUAUCGUAAUCUGCCAAGAGCGGUUAAUCCUUCAGUUACUCAUGUUCAGCACCAAAAAAACUAUACACCACAAGGCAAUGCUAAGGUCUCUGAACAGCUUGAAAGAAAUAACUCAGCUGGAUUGAUGCAAAGUGAAAGGGAUAAGAGAGUGCCAAAUGGUCUCUUUGUCAAUGACAGAAAUGGGCAGAACAGGUCUAGAUUUGCAAGAACCCGAUCAAGUCCUGAACUCACAGACUCUUCUGCUGAAGGGUUUCGUGGAAGGCGGACUAAUGCAGUUGGUAUGGAAAAAUCUUUGGGUGUUGAUUACAGCAGCAGAAGAAACAUCUUGGUUCCAGAAGUGUCUAGCAACCACAGCACUAAGUCUUCACAGGAUGAAUCAGUAUCUUCCUUGAACAGUUCAUCUCACCCUAGUGCAAUGGCAGCUUCUGACUCAAAUAGUGUUUCAAGCAGCUAUCGUGAUGAUAAUGGUUUUGUGAUGAAUGAAGAACUCCCUUCUGUUUCUGAAUCAUCGGAUAUGCACCAUGACGAACAAGUUCUGGUUAAUUUAAUGGAAUCCGUGAAGUUGCAUGGAUUCAAUGGACAGAUUCAAUUACCAAUGCAAAUACCUUCUCAUAUGUCCGUAGCACAUCCUCCUUUAUUGGCUCCAACAACUUUUUCACAAAAGCAUUUGGCUGGGGUUCCACCAGCUAACUUAAUUGGGACACCAUGGUUGCCCAAUAUGCAGUUCCUGCAUGGAUUUGUUCCACCUCCUAUGGCCCAUUACAUUCACAAUCCAAAUUUUGCACCAAACAUUGAGGAUGGUACUGAAACUGAAAAGCCUAAUACAUCAGAUGUGAAUCAUGAUGCUGGCAAAACUUGGCAAGAGUAUGGUGUUGGGUUUUCUAGACAGUUUGAUCCUGAAGCAAGAGAUCCUCACAUCUAUGGUAUUGAUGGCAAAGAACAUUCCUCUUUGCCUAAUGGUGUACCAGGUGCUCCCUUGGAAAGGCAGAUGAAAUUUACAGUUGAGAAUAAUGGUGUAGAUGAUGAAACUUAUACUGGCAUGUUCCAAAACCAUACAAGUAGAGAAGCUGCUGUAGAUUACUCUAAGAGGAGUGGCUAUGUGAAUGUUCUUUCUUCACAUGCCAGUUCAUCCAAAGGCAAAACUCUGGAUUCGAGUUCAUGGGAUGAAAUGACUGUAAAUACAACAAGACCAUCAAGAGAAAAAUGGGGAAAAAGAUCUGCCUUUACGGCACCUGCCACGACCACACAUGGCAAGACUGGGUGGCAGAUGGGAAAUAACGCUGAGCAUCUCCCAGCUGAAGUUAAUGAUGGCCCCAGAAAUGGGACAGUUGUACCAAUCAUCACUGAAGCUUCUGAGAUAGUAACAGGGUCUGAUUCUUUUUCAGCACAAUCAAGAACUAGUCAAGUACCAAAUGAUUUUGAUCCAUCACAAAUUGGCAUGCCAAAUCCAGUGUUUGCACCUUUUCUUAUUGGAUCACCACAGCAUAGGCAAGGUGAUAGCUCUGGACUUACUUUUGUUCAAACAGGUCCACCAGUUCCUUUUGUUGUGCUCCCGUUUGUUCCAGGGAAUAGCGAUGGUUCUGGUCCCCAGUUUGAGAGAAGCGAAGGAAUUGAUCAGCUUCCUGCCAAUACUGUAGGUCAAUUUUUUGGUUCACUUAAUGAUGUUCACCAACAAGAUUCCAGUGCUACCUCAACAGUAUCAUCCAGUUCUAUGACUGAGUCAUCUGGUGAACACAAGCCUGACAUCUUGAAUAGUGAUUUUGUCAGCCAUUGGCAUAAUUUACAGUAUGGGCGACUCUGCCAGAAUCCUCGUCCCAUGGGUCCUGUUCUAUACCCUGUUCCGGUGCCGCCAAUGUAUUUACAGGGCCAUGCUCCAUGGGAUGGGCCUGGAAGACCAGCUUCACCAAAUGUUAACUGGCCACAAAUGGUGGGCGGUCAACAAGUAUUUCCUGUGAUGCCUGUACAACCGUCUACAGAAAGAACUGGUGUUCUUCAGCACUAUGGUGAAGAUGCACCUAGAUACCGUGGAGGCACAGGAACCUACUUGCCAAAUCCUAAGGUUCCUUAUAGGGACCGGCACUCAAAUUCAAGAAACUACAGAGGAGGUUAUAAUGGUGACAGGGGUGACUAUAGUGAUAAGGAGGGAAGCUGGAUAAACUCAAAACAACGAAAUCCAAACCGCGGCUAUGGACGUAGCCAGUCAGAGAGGUCUGGCAUGAGGUCUGAUAGACAGGUCACUGAUGAGAGCCAGUCUGAUAGGCAACGGCGAACUUAUAGAAAUGGCUCGUACCGGCAUGAGGCAAGCUCUCAGUAUCUUGUGCAGGGCCAACCUUUUGGAUCCACAAGCUCUAUGCGCAAACCAGGAAACACAGCGCAUGGGGUUUAUGCACAACCAUCUACGUCUUCAAAUGGUGCCGGUGCUUUAUCUGGCCCUCCAGGACCACCAUUUUUUAUGGUGUACUCCUAUGAACAAGGCUCAAAUCAUGGUGCUUCCUCAUCUGAACCAAUUGAAUUUGGAUCUCUUGGGCCACUUCCUGCAGCAGAUGGUGAUGGCAUACCAAGGUCGACACGCCAAGUAAUGCCUAAUGGGUUUUAUGGGCAAAGACGUGGUCCAUAUAGGGGUGGUUCCUCUCAUUCGUCUCCUGAUCAACCAUCCUCACCUCGGCAUCGUCGGUAA